AUGGCGAAUCCGUGGGAAGUGUCCGAGGCGGAGUAUCAGAAGAAUGCGGCCAUGUUCGGCCAAUUGACGGCCGGACAGCCAUACAUGGACGCCGUCACCGCCAGAAAUGCACUCAUGAGGAGCAAUUUGCCUACCCAGCUUCUUUCCCAGGUGAACAUUUGCAAAAAAAGCGAAAAUUAUUAGUACUCCAGAGUUUGCAAGAGGCGCAAGCGCGCUCCUCCACAAAAAGUGACAUUUUAGAGCUAAAUUCAAAUCUUUACUUCAAGUCCCGUUUGCGGAAAUUAUAGGAACAUUUUCAAUUAAAAAAACCCAUCACAAGUAGAAAUAUUUUUGCAGAUCUGGGCCUUGUCCGACCUGGACAAAGACGGUCGGCUCGACAUUCGCGAGUAUUCGAUCGCGAUGCGUCUGGCGUUAAACUGCCUCGCUGGAAUGCCGCUGCCUCCCCAAUUACCGCCCUCGCUACUCGUCGUGCCCGCCAGAAGCACUCCGAUCCAUCAGCCGAUGAUGCAGCAGCCGCCGUGGCCCGGCAGUCGGCACGGAAGUGUCGACUUCUCGGGCACCCCCGAACGUCGCAUGUCCCAAUCGCAGGCGUUUCCGACAUACCCGACCGCUCCGGCCGGCUCAAUUGCCAUCUCACAAACUCCGCCACGUCACAACUCGAUCUCGGCGGCGGCUGCCGGCAGUCCGUCUUCCACAGAUCGAGUGGUUUUCGACGGACGUCAAUUGGAGAAUUGGGCGAUUCCGCAUCACCACAAACUCAAAUACUCGCAACUGUUCAACGCGCUCGACAAGGAUCGCGUCGGCUCGCUGAGCAGUCAGAUCGGACGCAGCGCCCUCGGAUUGUCGGGAUUGGCGACGAGCGUGCUGGCGCACAUCUGGUUCCUUUCGGAUGUGAACAAGGACGGAAAGUUGUCGGUGGAGGAGUACGCGAUCUCGCAGUACAUGAUCGAGAUGUUCAAGGCUGGCUACGCGCUGCCGAAAGUCACGCCGCCGGAGCUCGUGCGAAUGUGCGGCAUCAACUCGCGCUCGGCCAAUAACACUCCGGAACUCGAGCCGGGAGCGGAGCCGCCGCAAAAGACGCCGGCGCCGAAGACGUUCGAGGACAAACGACAGGAUAAUUUUGCGAAGGGACAAGCGGAAUUGGAGAGAAGACGUCAGAUUCUCGAGGAAGAGGAGCAACGACGGAGGGCAGAACUAGAGAAAAAGGAGCGGGAGGAGGAGGCGAAACGGGAGCGGGAACGGCAAGAAAAAGAGCGACAGGCGGAAGCGGAACGGCAAGCGGAGCUCGAAAGGCAGCGGAGGAUCGAGGCGCAGCGGGAGGAGGAGGAGCGGAAACGGCGCGCAGAAAUGGAGAAGCGGAAGGAGGAGGAGGAGCGGAUACGGAAGGCGCAGAUGGAGAAGGCCCGCGUGAAGCAGAUGCAGAACCAGAAGCAGCAGGAGAACGAGCGACUCGCGCAGAGACAGCAGAGGGAGAAGACGCUGCAGUUCCAGCUGCAGGCACUCGACGAGAAGGCGACCGACAUCGAGAUGGACAUAGGAAAAGCAAAGGAUUCGGUGGCCGAAGUGACCGAAUCCAUUGAGGCGAUGCGCUCGUCGAGGGACGAGAAGGUGACGAGGAUCAAACAGUUGCAGGAGACCAACCAGAAGGUUCGUGGGGGAAUCAACAUCUACACUAGGCUGGUCGACCAGCCUAAUCUACACCUCUCCUAGUAGACCCUUGCACAUUUUGUACAUUCACCUCUACCCUCUUUUCGAUGUCCCCAAUGACGUUGUGGUUAACGCUAUCGUCUUUCGACCAUAAGGUCGUCAGUUCAAUCCCCAUGGUGCAAUGAAGAGAACGUGCCACUGGACGGUCCGAUCGGACGGACUUGGAAAUGGAGAAAUAUCGGCACAGGGGCCAUCUGAAGCACUCUUUUUUGCUUUGCUUUUGUCAUUUCUAAUCCUGUUCCGAAGUUUCAGACGGCCAUCGAAUCGCAGGAGCUCGGGCACCAACUGCUACAGAAGCAGAGUGCGCACAAAGAGACGACGCAGCGCAAGAACGAUCUGGAGGCGUUCCGACGGCGGCGUGACGUCAUGCGGCAGGCAAUAGAAGACGCUUCCGCGGAACUGCUCGCGGAGAGGGACAAGACGAUCAAGCAGGUGGAGACGUUGGCGGCGAAGAAAGAGAAGUACCAGGAGGAGGUGUACCAGAAACUCGUGGGUCGCCGCGAGGAGUACCGAAAAGUGUUUGAGCUUUUGGUUCAUGCUCAAACGCACGCGAAGAGCAAGAUCGGAGAGUUCGAGGCGGCGCACCACGUACAACAAGCCCCGACUCCAGCUCAAAACGGAUUCCCCACAAACUUCAACGACGCGUUCGCCCAAUUUGACAACAAUCAGGCUAGCCAGCAAUUCGACUCGGAUUUUGGAAGCUUUGGAGCCGAAACAGAAAAAGAUCCGUUCGGCGCACAGAGGACUGCUCCGCAAGCCCCGGGAGCUCGCAAGGCCGUCGACCAAUCCUCGUUCAACACGCACGAAACUUACAAGUGCCGCGCGUUGUUCGCGUUCGAGGCGCGCUCCGAAGACGAGCUCUCGUUCGAGCCCGGCGACGUCAUCAUCGUGUUCCAGUCGCAUGCCGCCGAGCCGGGAUGGCGGGCCGGGCAGCUCCGCGAGAAGGUCGGCUGGUUCCCCGAAGCGUUUGUGGAAGCGAUUGCGGCAGUUCCGCAGCACGCGGCCACCGAACCGCCCAUCCAGAACAUGCCGCCGAACAUCACGCCGAGCUCGUCGCUCGACCAGAUCGGAGCUCGCGCGGCACGGAAAGCGGAGAUCGCGAAGGCGAUGGGAGCGACGGAUCCGCAAGUGGUCGUUCCGGCGCCGCCUCCGGCCACGGUCAUGUCGCAGUGCGUCGCGCAGUUCCAGUGGCGCGCGCGCAACGAAGAGGACCUCUCUUUCGCGAAAGGCGACCUCAUCGAGGUGCUCGAGAAGCAGGAAAUGAAGUGGAAGGGACGGAACCCGGCCGGCGAGACCGGAUGGUUCCCAAAGAGUUAUGUGAAGGAGGUCGGAGGACAGACCACUCCGAUCACGUCGCCAUCGAAACCGCCGCAGAACGGGGUCGUCGGAGCAGUCGGAGCACAGUACGACGUGGUGCCGGCCGAUUUGACGCUUGCCGCCGGACAAGGUGAGCAUUUCUAACGCAAAUCGAAAAUGUUUUUGUUUUUGCAGACGACGACUCGCUCUACACGGUCAUCUACGACUUUGACGCCACCGAAUCGACCGAUUUGGCACUCAAGACGGGCGACACGAUUGUGGUGCUCGAGAAGUGAGUCCCGCCUGCUCUUGACACCCCUUUUUGAUUGAAUUUCACCUCAUUUUCCAAAUUUUUCUGCUUGAAAACAUGCCAAAACGAAAAAUUCCCAGGUUUCAAUCGAGUUUUCUCCCCCGCCUCUUUAUGUCCUAAAAUAUUCAGAAACGACGACUGGUGGAAGGGUCGUUGCAACGGAAAGGAGGGCAUUUUCCCGGCCAACUACGUGCAGAAGGCCGCGGCGCCGGCGCAACAGGUCACGCCCACUUCUGCACAAAUCGCGUCGCCGCCGCAAGUCAUUUGCGAAGCACAAGUUAUUGUCGAUUUCACCGCUUCGGCGCCCAAUCAACUGGGUAUCAAGCUCGGCGAAACGGUGAAAGUGCGCGAGAAAUCGGCGGCCGGCUGGUGGGAGGGCGAGCUGAUCAGGGACGGAAAACCGAUUGCCGGCUGGUUCCCGGGCGACUAUGUCAAGGUGUUAGAGGUGAGAUUUGCAACAUUUUCGUAAUUUUUGAAUGAAAAAUGCUCUUUUUCGACGGCGAGCUUUCCGUUAUUGAUGAACAAUGCAAUACUGCUCAAUUCCGAACGAAAUGAGAAAUGAAAAUAUAGAAAAUUCAACUUUCGCGCUAUAAUAUUGCACUGUUUUUCAUAAAUUCAAUGUGUAAUUUGCAGAAUUCCGUCGGAUCCCCAUCGAAAUCGGCGGCCCAUCCGAAAGCGAACGCCCUCUACGACUACGAUGCUUCGCAGGCGGACGAACUUUCCUUCAAAUCCGGUGACGUCAUCGUUGUCACGGACAAAUCGGAAGCCGAGUGGUGGAGUGGCCACAAGGCGACGGACCCCUCGAAAUCCGGACUUUUUCCCUCGAACUAUGUGGAAUUGCAGUGA